AAACGCGGACAGAAGAAGAAUACGCUUUUGCCAUAGUAACCGUUGUUAGCUGGAACAGAAUUGUUGGUUAAAUUUGGAGCUAGUUGUGUUAAUGCUGUUGGCGUCAGUUGUGUUCAUAUUUUCUGCCUUGAGGAAAAGCUAAUCAAAUAUACACAAACGCGUUUUAUUUCUGCUCUGAAUCGGAUCGGCACUAGAAGACAGAAGAUGUCAGGAGAUCUUGUAGCUGUGUGGGAUGUGGCUUUGAGUGAUGGUGUGCACAGGAUUGAAUUUGAACAUGGCACAACCACAGGAAAGCGGAUCAUUUACAUUGAUGGAAAGGAAGUCAUAAAGAGAGAUUGGAUGUUCAAACUGGUUGGAAAGGAGACUUUUCAUGUGGGUGGUACAAAUACAAAGGCAACUAUUAACAUAGAUGCAGUAAGUGGCUUUGCAUACGAAUACACUCUCGAGAUUAACGGACAGAGCCUGAAGAAGUACAUGGAGAAUCGCUCCAAAGUUACCAGCACAUGGCUCCUCAACCUUGAUGGCAUCGACUGCAGAGUGGUUCUGGAGAAAGAUACCAUGGAUAUAUGGUGCAAUGGACAGAAAAUGGAAACAGCUGGUGAGUUUGUUGAUGACGGCACAGAGACGCAUUUCACUCUGGGUGACCAUGACUGCUGCAUUAAGGCUAUGAGCAGCGGCAAGAGACGAGAUGGCAUCAUUCACAUGCUGCUGCUGGAUGGCAUGGAAAUCUCAGAGUCAGAGUGAUCUGUGGGAAUGAGUGUGUGAGUGUGUUUGGAUUAUCCAUCCUCAUGAGCAGUGAAUAUACUGUCAGGUCCAUAUACAUUUGGACACAGGCACAAUUUAAAUUUUUUUAGCCACUGACCAAAACAUAUUCAAGUUACAGUUAUAUAAUGAAUAUGGGCUUAAAGUGCACACUCUCAGCUUUAAUUUGAGUGCAUUCUCAUCAAAAUUGGAGUAAAGGAAUUAAAGUUCUUUGAUAUGUACCACUCUUUUUCAAGGGAGUAUUUGGGCAAUUGACUCAAAAUCCCUUUCAUGGGCAGGUGUGGGCUAUUCCUUCUAUAUUUCUACAUCAGUUACGUAAGGUAAAAGCAAGGUAAAAGUUCUGGAGUUAAUUCUAAGUGUGCCAUUUGCAUUUGGAAGCUGUUGCUGUGAACCCACAUCAUGUCAUCAGUCAAAGGAGCUCUUCAUGCAAGUGAAACAGACAAUUAUGAGGCUUCAAAAACAAAAACAAAAAACCAUCAGAGAGACAGCAGGAACAUUCAGAGUGGCCAAAUCAACAGUUUGGCACAUUCAGAAAAGAAAACAAAAACGCAUUGGUGGGCUCAGCAACAUAAAAAGGCCUGGAUGUCUAUGCAGGACAACAGUUGUGGAUGAUCGGAGGAUCCUCUCCAUGGUAAAGAAAAACCUUUUCACAAUAUCCAGCCAAGUGAAAAACACUCUCCCAGAGGUAGGCGUGCCACUUUCAAAAUCCACAAUCAAGAGUAGACUUCACGAGAGCAAAUACAGAGGGUUCAUCACAAGAUGCAAACAAGGCCAGACCACUUCUGGAAAAGCAUUCUUUGGAUGGAUGAAAUUAAAAUCAACCUGUACCUGAAUGACACUAAGAACAUGGUGGAUGCUGGAGUAUUUGUGAUGGCAUGAGCAUGCAUAGCUUCCAGUGGCAUUGAGUUACUGGUGUUUAUUGAUGAUGUUACAGAAGCAGCCGGAUGAAUUCUGAAGUUUAUAGGGAUAUACUGUCUGCCCAGAUUCAGCCAAAUGAAGCAAAGUUGAUUGGACGGCACUUCAAAGUACAAAUGGACAAUGAACCAAAACACAGCAAAAGCAACCCAGGAGUUUUUAAAGUUAAAAAAGUGGAAUAUUCCUCAUUGCUGCCUCAUUGCAUAUUCUGCCAUGGCCAAGUCAAUCUCCUGAUCUCAACCCAACUGAGCAUGCAUUUUACUUGCUGAAGACAAAAUUAAAGAUAAACCCACAAACAAACAACAACUGAAGUCUGCCGCAGUAAAGGCAUGGCAAAGCAUCAAAAAGGAGUAAACCUAGUCUUUGGUGAUGUCCAUGAGUUCCAGACUUAAGGCAAUCAUUGCCUGCAAAGGAUUCUUAACAAAAUAUAAAAAAAUUAACAUUUUAUUUAUGAUUAUGUUUAUUUAUCCAGUUACUUUUGAGCCCCUGAAAAUGGAGGGGAGGGGGGGGGGGGGGGCUGUGUAUAA